AUGGCUAAAAUUGGUCAAGCAAUUCAUGCACCACCAAGCACUAGUAGUCUUUCCGUUGAAGCCAAGAUAGCUAACAACCACGAAGUUGAUCUAGGAAACCAUGACGUGUCAAUCUGUAUCCCUCCUGGCGCUGUUAUCCAUGAUGACAAGGGUGAGAUCACCUUAACACUUUUACGAGAGCUACCUGGUGUCGAACUCCACGAAGAUGAAUCCGUGGCUUGUUACGGGAUCAGAUGUGAUCCUCCAAACACGGUGUUCGUCAAACCUGUUAAGAUCAGGAUACCACACUCUUCAGUGGUCAUCAAUCCAAAUCAAGUGAAGCCAGACAUCGUUUCUCGUGUAUGGGACUCGGUCAAGGAUCUACCAAGAACCUCAAGACAGAGAUCAUCCAACUCAUCGGACGAGCCACCAUACUGCAGAGUUUACGAAAGGCACCUUGAGCUGUACAUUGGUCACUGUGCUGAGUGGUGGGUUCUGAUUACUCUUGAACAACAAGUGAUCCGACAGAAACUUAUGUGCACUCCUUACAUCCCAGAUAAGAUAGAUAGGGGUGAUGAAUUCGCAGUCAAUCUCCAGAUGUAUAACGACCUACCUGGGACCGAAGUGAUUUUACGAGAAGAGGCGGAGCAACAAUUGUACCAUAAAUGUCACCGCUCGGUACCUUUCAGCGUUGAAACCAGGUCUGGUGACGUCACGGUCACGUGCCAACGUGAUGGCGAAGAAGUUGAAAGCCAGGUCUUCUCAGCAAGGAAUCUUCAAACCAAUAUGAAUCAGUGUGUUGUACUUUACGUGCCUCCACGUGCAGAUGAUGUUGACUUUACAGUGAUUACAAUAACAAUUGCACAGUCUGGAAAGCAUGGGAUAUCACGAUCUAUUGCUUUUGUCAUCAGAUAUAGGCCUAAAGGUAAUGUGUUCUUGAUGCUUUCACUUUCACUGUGUCAAUGA